UGGAGUUUUCCCGUGCUCGGAGCUGCUGCUGCUGCUGCCACCGAGCCAAGAUGAAGCAGAAGCGGAAAGGAGAUCUCAGCCCCGCGGAAUUAAUGAUGCUGACCAUCGGCGAUGUCAUCCAGCAGCUGGUGGAGGCCCAUGAGCAGGGGAAGGACAUUGAUCUCAACAAGGUGAAGACCAGGACGGCCGCCAAGUAUGGCCUCUCUGCCCAGCCCCGCCUGGUGGACAUCAUCGCCGCUGUCCCGCCUCAGUACCGGAAGGUCCUGGUCCCCAAGCUCAAGGCCAAGCCCAUUCGAACCGCCAGCGGGAUUGCUGUCGUGGCUGUGAUGUGCAAGCCACACCGGUGUCCCCACAUCAGCCUCACGGGAAACAUCUGCGUAUACUGUCCCGGUGGCCCAGACUCCGAUUUUGAAUAUUCGACCCAGUCUUACACAGGCUACGAGCCCACCUCCAUGCGCGCUAUCCGUGCCCGCUAUGACCCUUUCCUACAGACGAGACACCGGCUGGAGCAGUUGAAACAGCUCGGUCACAGUGUGGAUAAAGUGGAGUUCAUCGUGAUGGGCGGAACGUUUAUGGCCCUUCCGGAAGAAUACAGAGAUUAUUUUAUUCGGAAUUUACACGAUGCCUUGUCAGGACACACUUCCAACAAUAUUUACGAGGCAGUCAAGUACUCGGAGCGGAGCCUGACCAAGUGCAUCGGCAUCACCAUCGAGACCCGGCCCGACUACUGCAUGAAGCGGCAUCUCGGUGACAUGCUCACCUACGGCUGCACGCGGCUGGAGAUUGGGGUGCAGAGCGUCUACGAGGACGUGGCCAGGGACACCAACAGGGGCCACACUGUGAAGGCCGUGUGUGAGUCCUUCCACCUGGCCAAGGACUCGGGCUUCAAGGUGGUGGCACACAUGAUGCCCGACCUGCCCAACGUGGGGCUGGAGCGGGACAUGGAGCAGUUCACGGAGUUCUUUGAGAACCCCGCCUUCCGCCCUGACGGCCUGAAACUCUACCCCACGCUGGUGAUCCGCGGCACUGGGCUCUAUGAGCUGUGGAAGUCGGGGCGGUACAAGAGCUACUCCCCCAGCGACCUGGUAGAGCUCGUCGCCCGCAUCCUCGCCCUCGUGCCCCCGUGGACACGUGUGUACCGCGUGCAAAGGGAUAUCCCGAUGCCGCUCGUCACCUCAGGCGUGGAGCACGGGAACCUGCGGGAGCUGGCGUUCGCACGGAUGAAGGACCUCGGCAUUCAGUGCCGAGACGUGAGAACCCGAGAGGUUGGGAUCCAAGAAAUCCACCACAAGGUUCGCCCGUACCAGGUGGAGCUGGUACGGCGGGACUACGUGGCGAGCGGCGGCUGGGAGACCUUCCUGUCCUACGAGGACCCCGAGCAGGACAUCCUCAUCGGGCUGCUGCGGCUGCGGCGCUGCUCUGAGGAGACCUUCCGCUAUGAGCUGGUGGGCGGCGUGUCCAUCGUCCGCGAGCUGCAUGUGUACGGCAGCGUGGUGCCUGUCAGCAGCCGUGACCCCACCAAGUUCCAGCACCAGGGCUUCGGCAUGCUGCUGAUGGAGGAGGCCGAGCGCAUCGCCCGGGAGGAGCACGGCUCGGGGAAGAUGGCCGUGAUCUCAGGGGUCGGCACCAGGAACUACUACAGGAAACUGGGCUACCGGCUGCAGGGCCCCUACAUGGUGAAGACCCUCAAGUGACGGCCCCGGGGCCACCCAUGCCGGGUCCUGAGUGAGCCCCAUACCUCCCGGCACCCCGGCCCUGAGCUGCUCCUCGUCCUGGAAACCUCUGGUGGGCCUGGCAGGUGUCUGGG